GUGGCCCUGGCCGAAGGUUUCCUCCUGAGUCAGGCGGAGGAGAGGAAGCAGGAAAGGGAUCUGUUGGCAGAAACGGGACCAGAUUCCUCUGAGGCAGAGAGGACUUCGUUGGACACCAGAGAGAAGCCGCUGGGUGAAAGAAGGAUGCCGGCAAGACCUCCUCCUCCAUCUCUUCCUCCUGGUGGAGGGGAAGCAGCGGCUGAGGAACCGGAUCAGGUGCGGGGAAGGAGCCUUGGGGGGGGGGGGAAAGGAUGAGGGGUGAGGGUCAGAGGGCAUUUCUGAGACAGAACAAAUCUCUCCCCUCCGCAUUGCUUCUGUCAAAGCUGCCCUUAACAAAGGCUGAAAAUGCCAUUAAUGAAGGGUUAUGCUCUGAGGAUAAUGAGUUGCCAAAUCACCUUAACUCUGAAUGUCGUUAGUAUUAUUUCUUACAAAUUGCCUUUAGGACAUCUGGAUAGUCUUUUCAUUCCAGAACAAAACUUAGGGAGAGGAGAGAGGGAUUCUUCCAUUUGGCAAACUGGAACACUUGCACAGACAUAUGGAGUUCAAUAAAAUAAGCACCAAUAAUCAGAAUGUGCGGCAGACCAAUCCGAUUAGAACAACCCAGGCAGGAAGCAAAAGAGCAACAUGCAGGAAAUGAUUUUUAUGCUGCCUAAGAGAAGGAUCUUUUUCUUUCAGAGCUCAGUUUCUUUUGAAGAUGUUGCUGUUUGUUUCACGGCUGAGGAGUGGGCGUUGCUGGAUCCUGCCCAGAGAGCUCUGCAUAAGGAAGUCAUGGAGGAGACUUGUAGGACCAUGAUCUCUCUGGUUGAUGAUGAAUCAGAAAUUAAGAACAAGGGACAACACAACAAAAUCCACACAGUGGACAAGCCAUAUCAAGAUUUGGAGUGUGGGGAGAACUUCAGUCAGAGCUCCCAUGCCACUUCCCAUCAAAGAAAUCCUAUUGGGAAGAAACCCUAUCCGUGUUUGGAGUGUGGAAAAAGCUUCAGUGACAGCAGCAAUCUCGCUUCCCAUCAAAGAAUUCAUACAGGGGAGAAACCAUUUCAGUGCUUGUUAUGUGGAAAGAGCUUCAAUCACAGCUCACAUCUCAAAGCCCAUAAAAGAAUUCAUACGGGAGAGAAGCCAUAUCAGUGCUUGGAAUGUGGGAAGAGCUUCAGUCAGAGCAGCCCUCUCACUUCUCAUUUAAGAAUUCAUACAGGGGAGAAACCAUAUCAAUGUUUGGAGUGUGGAAAGAGUUUCAGUCGGAAGAAUAGUCUUACUUCCCAUCAAAGAACUCAUACAGGAGAGAAACCAUAUCAGUGCUUGGAAUGUGAGAAGUGCUUUACUACAAGAAGUGACUUUCAUCAACAUAAGAGAAUUCACAGUGGGGAGAAACCAUAUCAGUGCUUGGAAUGUGGGAAGAGCUUCAGUCAGAGGGCCAAUCUUACGUCCCAUCAAAGAAUUCAUACAGGGGAGAAACCAUACCAUUGUUUGGAAUGUGGGAAGAGCUUCAGUCGCAGCUCUUAUCUCACUUCCCAUCGAAUAAUUCAUAGAUGGGAGAAACCAUAUCAGUGCUUGGAAUGUGGAAAAUAUUUCACUACAAGCAGAUACUUCCGUCUACAUCAGAGGAUUCACAGUGGUGAAAAACCAUAUCAGUGCUUGGAAUGUGGAAAGUUCUUCACUACAAGCAGAUACUUCCAUCGACAUCGGAGUAUUCACAGCGGAGAGAAACCAUACCAGUGUGUGGAAUGUGGAAAGAGCUUUUCCAGGAAGGACAGUCUCACUUCUCAUCAAAGAAUUCAUACAGGGGAGAAGCCGUAUCAGUGCUUGGAAUGCACAAAGUGCUUUGCUGCAAGAAAAGAGUUAUGGCGACAUAAGAGAAUUCACACUGGGGAAAACCAUUUCAAUGCCAAGAGUGCGGAAAGAGAUUCACCUUCAAGCAAACUCUCACUUCCCAUCAAAGAAUUCACACAGGGAGAAACUAUAUCAGUGCUUGGAAUGUGGAAAGAGCUGGAAGGAAAUCUCACUUCCCAUGAAAGAACUCACAGCAGGGGAAAUCCUGGAAUUAUAGAAUAUUUGGGAAAGGAUCUGUUGGCAGAAACGGGACCAGAUUCCUCUGAGGCAGAGAGGACUUUGCUGGAUACCAGAGAGAAGCCUCUGGAAAACAAUCCAGGCAGGAGGCAAAAGAGCAACGUGCAAGAAAUAAUCUUUAUGCUGCCUAAGAGAAGGAUAUUUUUCUUUCAGGGUUCAGUUUCUUUUGAAGAUGUCGCUGUUCAUUUCACGGCUGAGGAGUGGGCGUUGCUGGAUCCUGCCCAGAGAGCUCUGCAUAAGGAAGUCAUGGAGGAGACUUGUAGGACCAUGAUCUCUCUGGAUGGUGAUGAAUUAGAAAUUAAGAACAAGGGACAACACGACAAAAUCCUCACAGUGGAGAAGCCACAUCCAGAUUUGGAACAUGGAGAGAACUUCAGUCAGAGCUCCCAUGCCACUUCCUAUCAAACAAAUCCUAUUGGGAAGAAACCCUUUCAGUGUUUGGAAUGUGGAAAGAGCUUCAAUCACAGCUCACAUCUCAAAGACAAUCAAAGAAUUCAUUCCGGGGAGAAACCAUAUCAGUGCUUGAAGUGUGGGAAGUCUUUUUCUACAAGCAAAUGCUUCCGUCGACAUCAGAGGAUUCACAGCGGGGAGAAACCCUUUCAGUGUUUGGAAUGUGGGAAGAGCUUCUCCAGGAAGGAGAGUCUCACUUCCCAUCAAAGAAUUCAUACAGGGGAGAAGCCGUAUCAGUGCCUGGAAUGUGAGAAGUUCUUUACUACAAGAAGUAACUUACAUAAACACAAGAGAAUUCACAGUGGGGAGAAACCAUAUCAGUGCUUGGAAUGUGGAAAGAGCUUCAGUCAGAGGGCAAGUCUCAUUUCUCACCAAACAAUUCAUAAAGGGGAGAAGCCAUAUAAGUGCUUGCAAUGUGGAAAGAGCUUCGGUCGGAGGUCCUAUCUCUCGUCCCAUGAAAGAAUUCAUAGAGGGGAGAAACGAUAUAAGUGCUUGGAAUGUGGGGAGUCUUUUCCUACAAGCAAAUACUUCCGUCGACAUCAGAUUAUUCACAGCAGAGAGAAACCAUACCAGUGUGUGGAAUGUGGGAAGAGCUUCUCCAGGAGGGACAAUCUCACUUAUCACCUCAGAAUUCAUACAGGGGAGAAACCAUUUCAGUGCUUGGAAUGCACAAAAUGCUUUACUACACGAAAUUUAUUUCAUCAACAUCAGAGAAUUCACACUGGGGAGAAACCAUUUCAAUGCCAAGAGUGUGGAAAGAGCUAUAGAUGGAGAUCCCAUUUCACUUCCCACCAAAUAAUUCAUACAGGGGAGAAACUAUUUCAGUGCCUGGAAUGUGAGAAGUUCUUUACUACAAGAAGAGACUUGCAACAACAUAAGAGAAUUCACAGUGGCGAGAAACCAUAUCAGUGCUUAGAGUGUGGGAGAAGCUUCAGGCGGAACGACCAUCUCACUUCCCAUCAAAUAAUUCAUACAGGGGAGAAACCAUUUCAGUGUCUGGAAUGUGGGAAGAACUUCAAUCGCAGGUCAUGUCUCACUUCCCAUCAAAGAAUUCAUACUGGGGAGAAACCAUAUAAGUGCUUGGAAUGUGGGGAGUCUUUUCCUACAAGCAAAUACUUCCGUCGACAUCAGAGUAUUCACAGUGGAGAGAAACCGUACCAGUGUGUGGAAUGUGGGAAGACUUUCUUCAGGAAGGACAGUCUCACUUCUCACCUCAGAAUUCAUACAGGGGAGAAGCCGUAUCAGUGCUUGGAAUGUGAGAAGUGCUUUGCUGCAAGGAGUGACUUUCAUCAACAUAAGAGAAUUCACACUGGGGAGAAACCAUAUCAGUGCUUAGAGUGUGGGAAGAGCUUCAGUCAGAGGGCCAAUCUCCGUUCCCAUCAAAGGGUUCAUACGGGGGAGAAACCAUAUCAGUGCGUGGAAUGUGGGAAGAGCUUCAGUCGGAGCUCAGGUCUCACCUCCCAUCAAAGAAUUCACAGUGGGGAGAAACCAUAUCAGUGCUUGGAAUGCAAGAAGAGGUUUACUACAAGCACACACGUCCGUCGACAUCAGAAAAUUCACACUGGGGAGAAACCAUUUCAAUGCCAAGAGUGUGGAAAGAGCUUCAGUCGCAGGUCUCAUCUCACUUUCCACCAAAGAAUUCAUACAACGGAGAAUCCCAAAUAGUGCUUGGAAUGUGGAAAGAGCUUCACCUGGAAUAAAUAUUUCACGUCCCAUGAAGCAUCUGGUGGGGGCUGGGGCCAUUUCACCCAUCUCAAGGCCUCCACCUGAACUCUCAAAGCAUCCCCACCCACCCAGUUUGCAU